CACAUCAGCUGUUCGUUUUCAUCUCUGCCAAAAAAAAAAAAAAAAACUAAAUUCGUUUUAUUUUAAUGUGCCGGUACUAAACUGAUUUUAUAAGUUAACAACAAGAAUGAUGCAGCGUUUGCGCUUAGCUCGCCGCGGAUUGGCCUUAAGUGCGGUGAGACGGCAAACAGUUGUCCCAGAGGAGGAGCCCCUCGAUGCCUAUGAGCGGGAACAUCUAAAGCAUCGCAUAGAGAUAACACCUUUUCAGAGAAUGCUCUUGGGAGCAGGAUCCUCUGUGGCUGCUAUACUAGAUCCGAGGCGCCAUGAUAUGAUUGCCUGUCUGGGUGAGACCACUGGAGAGGGGGCUCUUUGGAAUAUACUCGACACCAUGGAGGCCAGCGAGGAGGGGCAACGCAUUUUGAUCGAUAAGCCACGUAUACACACAUCCACCAUAGAUUUUAAAAGGCUGGAGACCCUACCUCCAGAUACUUUUGGAGCCGCCUAUGUCAAGUUUCUCAAAGAUAAUAAUGUAACUCCCGAUAGUCGUAUGCCAGUGCGUUUCUUAGAAGAUCCAAAGUUGGCCUAUUUAAUGACUCGUUAUCGCGAAUGCCAUGACCUGAUUCACACUGUAUUGAAUAUGCCAACAAAUAUGCUGGGCGAGGUGGCUGUCAAAUGGGUGGAGGCACUCAAUACGAAUCUGCCCAUGUGCUAUGGCGGAGCUGUUUUUGGUGCUGUGCGUCUAAGACCCAAGCAACGUCGCGAGUACUUGAAACGCUAUUUGCCUUGGGCCAUUGAUAAUGGCAAGCGUAUGAAGCCAUUGAUGCCCGUUUACUGGGAGCAGCGGUGGGAGCAGAAUGUUAAUGAAUUGCGCGCUGAAUUAGGCAUUAAGUUGUUGAAAUACUAGUAAUAAUAAAAUUUAAAAAAAAUACGUUACAUUA